AUGGACUUGAAAUUUGUGAAGAAAUACUCAAAAUAUGAAUCGUCAUUCAAACCGAAAGUACUGGGGAACUGGCAAGUACCGAAAUUAAAUAUUAGCCGGCCCAAAUCAAAAAAAGGAAAUACAAAAGCGAUAGCGGAUGAGAGAGGCCAUUUAUUGCCAAAUAUAAAAAGAUCUAACGGUAAUCCAUGGGGAAAUUAUAUUGAUACUUGGCAUCUUCCAAAGAAAAUCGACAAGAAAACAGCAUACCAAAUUAAUGGUUUAAUACAGAACACCCAAACAUCAGGAUACAAUCAGUAUAAUGAAUCACAUGCCACGCAAAAUCCAGAAGAAGCACCAAACAAUGAAGAGGAAAAUAACAAAGAAAAUGACGAAACCAACAGCAUGCCUCAGCCUUACGUACCGGGCGAUUUCACUGAGAGAAAGUACCAGCACCCGAGCUACGAAGAAUUAGCCGCCAAUCGUUUUCCCUCGGCGAAGCCCCUUCCCAAUGGUUUCCCUCGAACUCGAGAGGACUUUUCUCGCCACACGGAACCGGAGAGGAACCUCACCAAGGAAGUAAACGAUUUCUACGACACGCACAAACAAAUGCUCCAGGCCGAGCCGCCCGAAAAGCCUUCAGAACCGAAGAAAGAGCGGUUCUUGUCGCCCCUUAUCAACGCCAUCAGCAACUUCACAAUGGCGAAGAAACUCCACCGAGAAAAUCUCGAGCACUACCCUCUACCAGACACUUUAACCGACGCUAUGUACAGAAAAAUGUUGCUGGAACGCCAGAGCAAAGGCGAGGAAGAUGUCCAUUAUGCUACAGGUAUAGGGUGGAAAGGCUACCCGGGCUACGGACCCACUCGAUGCACGAAACUCAAAAUCUUCCGCCCGAAAACGUCCAUCUCGCCCAAAGACGAGCCCGUCUCGAGCUUCGACAGGAAAUGGCGCUUCAUCCGCCAGGCGAAAGUCAGCCCCAUGGACUUGGCGAUUUGCUGGGACCUGAAGCCCCAGGACCCGAACGACGAGCCGGAGAAGGCGAAGCACGUCGACGGCUCGAACGGCUCUGCCGCUCCGGCCGUUUUCAACCUGGUGCAUUCGCCGAAGCAGGAGGAAGCCGAGCACAAAUGCGAUGGAGUUCACGUGUGCGGGCCCGUGUUCGAUCACAGCGACAAAGGCAACGAGGACAAGGAGUACUUCUUCCACAGGAGCAAGAAGGCGCCGAGGAGCGCGGCUGGUAGCAGCAGCUGCUCCGAUCAAUCUAAGAGACGAGCCAAGAGCGCUUUGGGGGACGGGGAGAAACUGUCGAGUUGCUCUAAAGAGAGCUUUAUCAGUGCGAAAUCUAGAGCGAAAAGUGCUAGUAACUCCAACGAUAUUGAAGGAAGAAUUCCGGAGAUAUCUAAAGAGGUGAUCGAUAAAAAUAUGUAUCGGAGCACGCCGAAUUUAAGCGAGUGCGGCGGAAAGUACUGCAAAAAAUACGCGAAAAUGGGCUGUAAAAGUUGCGUGGCAUGUGAAAUGAAAGACAUUCGUCCGGUAGAGAAACGUCCUAAAAGUGAAUAUAAGAUGGCCUUCAAAGCGGGCGUUCCACAGCAGAAAACAGUAAGUAAACCUAGCUGCAACCUCAAAGUUCCUAAACCUAAAGUUCCAUACAUGGUCAAGAAUUAUGUAAUAGAUAGUUUAGGGGGACCUUUUUGUUUGCAGAAGAAGAAGAGAGACGAUUAUCCAGAACACUGGAGAUUAGCUACUGUUUACCAACAUUCUUAUAAACCCAUUUAUGCUAGGAAAAGACCCUUAAUGCACACAGUUUUUAAAUAAUCUUUUAUUAUUAACUGAAUGAUAAAUGUUUAUUUAAUAUGAAUAAUUUUAAAAGAAUCGUUUUUAGUAAGGUUGGUAGUAAAUCAGGGCAGUUAUGUAGUGAUAUGUAUAAAUAUUUUACAAAUUUACAUUUUUCACCUUCUUUU